AUGACCGCCAUGCCACGCCAAAACUGCUUCGAGACCUCCCUCAUCUCUAGCUCUUCCCUUCCUACCACCGUUUCGCCCAUCUGUCUCAUCAACUCCUUCCUAGAGCAGCGCACCACCUCCAAGUACACGGACACCCUAAAACUCGACUGCUCUCCCGCCGUCUACGAGCGCAUCUGCGCCGCCUUUCCCUCCCUACGCCUAAGCUACUUCUACCCGCGGCGGCUCCUGAUCAUCACGGCACCCGGAUCUCCACGACAGCGGCUUCUAUGGCCCGGGUGGAGCCUGGAAAAGGUGGGCAUCACGAGGUCCACUGAUCAUCUUAUUAACGAUGGGGAGGGGGGGAAGAAGGGGAGCGUGCUGCAGCCGGACGGCGGUUUGGACAUCUUGGGGCUCGACGACCCGUUCCUUGUCAUUGAGGUGGCCGACACGCAGAACGGCGAGGAGGCCAGGGCAAAGGCGGAGGUGUAUUUGAAGCGUGGGCGCGUGCGGUUUGUGGUUAUUGUGGAUAUGGUGAGGAGUAAGCAGAAGAAGAUGAAGAUUGGCGAGGGUGAAGCUGCCGCCGGUAGUGCUGGUGGAGUCCCUAACGUUGACGCCGAAACCAUCCCCGCCCCCACCCCAUACGCGCAGGUCCUUGUCUCGGUCCUCUCCCGCACCCGCACUUCGCCGCGCCGUGAGGUGGUCACGCUUGUGAGCCCCACCGAGGUGUGGCCGGCGCCUCCGCCGCCUGAGAGCGCGUUCUCGUUCACGUGGGAGGACAUGGGAAUGAAGGGGUAUCCGGAGGUGCUGCGGGGCCGCGUGAUUAAGGUCGGCUGGAUGUGGCUGCAUGAGUUCCUCGUUGAGCAAUUCCAGGUACAGGAGGCGGGGAGCCUCCCGAUUCCGGAUGACGAGAGUGGUGAGUGGGAGGAGGAGACCGAGGAGGAUGAGGGGGGUGGGGGAGAGGAUGAGGCGGAGGCGGAGCAGCAGAGUGGGAGUGAUGGGAGUUAUCGCCCGUCGCAGUAA